AAUGACCAGAUCCUCAAAACCAAUGCUUCUCUAUCCCGAGCUUUUCGAAGGCCUUGUGAAUCUAAAGGUUUUACAUGUGUAUGACCCAAGACUGUGCUGUCUACGUCCGGUUGGUGCUGAAUGUGUAAAUAGAGAACCACCACACCCACUCUUUACCUGCCGCAAGACAUUUCUUCAAAACACAACCAUCAAGGUGUUUAUCUGGAUACUCGGUCUCAGCGCUUUGGUUGGCAACGCGUUUGUCAUUAUCAUGAGGUUGCGAACCAAGCACGAAACCACUAUAUCUUCUGUUCAGUCAACACUGAUUACCAACUUAGCUGUGUCCGAUUUUCUGAUGGGUGUCUAUAUGAUCAUCUUAGCUGUAAUGGAUAUAUACAUAGGGGAUUCCUACUUCUGGGAGGGUAGAUCCGAAGAAUGGCGAAAGAGCAAUACCUGUCAAAUUGCAGGAUUCAUCUCCGUCUUAAGCAGUGAGGCAUCCGUGUUUCUUAUCACUCUCAUUUCAGUUGAUCGAUUAGUCUGCAUUGUAUUUCCCUUCAGUCAAAAGCGACUGGGGGUUGUCUCUGCUCGUGUUUUCUCUGGCUUCACCUGGGCACUGGCUCUUCUGGUCAGUAGCAUUUCAAUCGCAUUUGGCUUUUUGAACACCGACGCAUACAGUCUCAGUGACGUUUGCGUUGGUCUUCCCCUCAUCCGCAAGCAGAUUGAUCUGUAUGCCGCAGUAGAUACUUACACCAAGUCGAUGUACGGCUUUACCGAAUUCGCCAUUAUUUCUGGGACAUCGAUUCCCACUUGGCAGUAUGCGAUUGCCCUCUUCCUUGGUGUUAAUCUGCUCAACUUUGUGGUGAUCUGCUUGUGCUACAUAGCAGUUUUCAUCAAGGUGUACUUCGCUGGAAGGAGUGCUGGCCGGAAGUCAAAGUCCCUAGAUCAGGUGAAGAUGGCCAGCAAGAUGUUCCUCAUUGUUGGAACUGAUCUGUGCUGUUGGAUGCCAAUCAUUGUCAUUGGAAUCCUAGUCCAGGCCGAUGUGGUUGUUGUGACCCCUGAUAUCUAUGCCUGGCUUGUAGUCUUUGUCCUACCCAUCAAUUCAUCAAUCAACCCAUAUUUGUACACUGUGGCGAAUCGCGUUUCCUCUAAAUGACAAUAUUUUAGCUUCAAACCCUUCAAAUGCCUCUUUCUACA